CCAUUUGAAUCAUCUCCAACCAAACACAACCCAUUCAUUUUCAUAUUUUACUUUCUCUCUCUAAAAUCUUCUUCACCCCUUCCCUUCUUUCUAGAGAGAGAAAGCGAGAGACUCCGCUCUCGAACCAACGCGAUUCGGGUUCGGAUCUCCGAUCCCUCACCACCGCCUCGAACCACCGCCGGCGGCGAAGAUGAUAGCAAUACCGUAUCUCACUGCACUCACAACCUAUUUCAGUUACGGUUUGCUAUUCGCUUUCGGUCAAUUCCGUGAUUUCUUCCGAAAAAUCUUCGACUGGUGCAGUUCCAAUAAUCUUCAGGGUUAUGCACCGAUCUGUUUAGGUCUUGAAGAUUUUUAUAUUCGUCGAUUAUAUCUUCGGAUUCAGGACUGUUUUGGGAGACCAAUAUCAAGUGCUCCUGAUGCUUGGUUUGAUGUAGUCGAACGCUACUCCAAUGACAAUAACAAGACACUAAAACGAACCAGUAAAGUAAGUCGAUGUCUUAACUUGGGAUCAUAUAACUAUCUUGGUUUUGCUGCGGCUGAUGAAUACUGUACUCCUCGAGUGAUUGAUACAUUGAAGAAGUAUUCUCCAAGCACUUGCAGUACCCGGGUGGAUGGAGGCACGACCGCACUUCACAAUGAAUUGGAGGAGUGUGUUGCUAGUUUUGUUAAAAAGCCAGCUGCUUUGGUUUUUGGAAUGGGCUAUGUGACAAACUCUGCUAUUCUUCCGGUCUUGAUGGGGAAGGGAAGUUUGAUUAUUAGUGAUUCACUGAACCACAACUCAAUUGUUAAUGGUGCGCGGGGAUCAGGAGCAACUAUUCGUGUUUUUCAACACAACGUGCCAUCACAUCUAGAAGAAGUGUUACGAGAACAAAUUGCUGAGGGACAGCCAAGAACACAUAGGCCCUGGAAGAAGAUAAUGGUUAUUGUGGAGGGGAUAUACAGCAUGGAAGGAGAGCUUUGUAAACUUCCCGAGGUCAUAGCUAUAUGCAAAAAAUAUAAGGCAUAUACAUAUUUGGAUGAAGCACACAGCAUUGGAGCUGUGGGCAAGACAGGAAGGGGUGUUUGUGAGCUCUUGGGUGUGGAUACUGCUGAUAUUGAUAUUAUGAUGGGGACAUUCACCAAAUCAUUUGGAUCAUGUGGAGGUUAUAUUGCAGGAUCUAAGGAGCUUAUUGAAUAUUUGAAGUACACUUGCCCUGCACAUCUUUAUGCAACUUCAAUUUCACCCCCAGCUGCACAACAAAUAAUAUCUUCCAUUAAAGUUAUUCUUGGCGAAGAUGGUUCAAGUCGAGGUGCCCAGAAACUUGCAAAAAUUCGAGAAAAUAGUAACUUUUUCAGGUCAGAACUGCAGAAGAUGGGAUUUGAGGUUCUUGGAGAUAAUGAUUCUCCUGUAAUGCCAAUCAUGCUUUAUAACCCAGCCAAAAUCCCUGCCUUCUCAAGGGAGUGCCUCAGGCAGAAUGUUGCUGUUGUGACUGUUGCAUUUCCAGCAACCCCAUUGCUACUGGCCAGAGCACGUAUAUGCAUAUCAGCUUCUCAUUCAAGGGAAGACCUUACCAAGGCCUUGCAGGUUAUUAGCAGUGUAGGUGAUCUAAUUGGCAUAAAAUACUUCCCUGCUGAACCAACGAAGCAACAACAACAAGAUGGUAAAACUGUGAAGUUCGAGUGAGAUAGUCAAAUAAGAAAGAAAGAGGAAUACGAAGAUUAUUGAAGGAUAGAGCUGUAGUUAUUGUAAGGCAUUUUUUAAUCCAUGGUGAUUUCAAACUAACUGGCAUGUAUAAAUUUGUUGCCAUCUUCAAAAGUGAGGUCUUGGAUUAAAGCAUCGGAUCCGUAUAAUCUUUUGUUUUCGGAUACAAGUCAUGUUCAAGGGGGAAGUCUGUCUCGAUUUACUUAUUUUUCCCAGUCAUUAGAUGAUGUGUAUAGUUGCAGUUUGAUUACUAUUUAUUUUGAAACUGACUAUUGUUUGCAAUUAUAAUCAGAUUGUAAAAUUGAAUUUUAAUAAAAAAAGUUUAGCAUCUUAUAUUGUUUGAAAUUA